AAACCAAUGAGAUGAGGAGGAAGUAUAUUAAAGAAAAGUGACAAAUACAGCUGUGAUUAGAGGAGAGAGCGUUAUCCAAUAUCGACCCCCCACUAUAUAUAUAUACACACAUACAUAUUGACCCAUAGAACAAGUCUCACUUACUCACCUCCUUAUUUAAUUCUUUGCCCCUUUUACCACACUUAAAGAUAGGUGGCUCUAGCAGAAAGAUGGGAGGAAAAGUAGUAAUGCUUCUGGGAUUGGUGUUCAUAAGUCAUCUCCUGCUAGCUGUACACUGUGCUGUGCCCAGAAAACCUGUGGAUGUUCCUUUCUCUAAGAACUAUGUCCCAACUUGGGCUGCUGACCACAUCAAGUACUUCAAUGGUGGCCAAACUGUUGAUCUCAUUCUUGAUAGGAACUCUGGGACUGGGUUUCAGUCAAAGAACUCCUAUCUGUUUGGGCAUUUCAACAUGAGAAUGAGGCUUGUGGGAGGAGACUCUGCUGGAGUUGUCACUGCCUUCUAUUUAUCAUCGAACGGUGCAGAGCAUGAUGAGAUAGAUUUUGAGUUCUUGGGGAACCGGUCAGGGCAGCCCAUAACACUGCAAACCAAUGUAUUCACAGGCGGGCAGGGUAACCGAGAGCAAAGAGUCAAUCUUUGGUUUGACCCCACCACAGGCUUCCAUGACUACGCUGUUCUUUGGAACAUGUAUAUGAUUGUGUUUCUUGUUGAUAAUGUGCCCAUUAGGGUGUUCAAGAAUUCCAAGGAUUUGGGCCUAAAGUUCCCAUUCAACCAGCCCAUGAAGCUCUACUCAAGCUUGUGGAAUGCUGAUGAUUGGGCCACGAGAGGUGGGCUAGAGAAAACCGAUUGGUCCAAGGCCCCAUUCAAAGCAUCCUACACAUCCUUCCACGUGGACGGAUGCGACGCAACUUCCUCCCAAGAAGUCCACGUGUGCAACACGAGUGGCAAGAGGUGGUGGGACCAAAAGGUUUUCCAAGAUUUGGACGGUGAACAGUACAGAUUGCUCCGUUGGGUUCGUCAAAAAUAUACCAUCUACAAUUAUUGUUAUGAUAAGGCAAGGUACCCCACGGUUCCUACCGAAUGUGCCAAAUAUCGGGAUAUUUAAUGUGUUUGAGAAAUGACCCGAAUAUUGUACGAAAUAUUCGGGUCAUAAUUUCAUGGGAAUGAGCUCUUUGUAACUUUGUAUUGGUUACUAUGUUUGAAAAUUGAUGAGCCACAUCUUGCUCAUCCUUAUAUUUGGAGUGAGCAUAUUUCUACAAUAUUGUUUCUCUACCAUGAAGCCAUACGAUAUAUGCGUGGGAUAAAUGUAUUUAUGUAUUCCUUUAUAUCAAUGAAUAAAAGUUACAUAACUGUGUUAUCAUAAUUUCUUGGCUAUUAUAAUUACUCUUUGAUCAUCAA